AUGUUGUCUCAUAUUACAACGAGACGAAUAUCGAAAACUUACUCGCCAUGCAACCCCUUACAGGUAGCUUCACCCAGCCCAGAUGUCUCUGCGGAAGAACGUAAACGACUUAAGGAGCUCAGUGAUGCAAGGUCUGCACAAUGGCCAAACACAUUGUCGGCACAACGGGCCCGAAAAGAAAAAACAAGGCAGGAGCGUCUUGCAGCCGAGGAAGCUGAGCGUGUAGAGCUCGAUCGACAAGAGGCAGAGCUGCGAGCAGAGCAGCGGCGCAUACAGAUUGAGCGCGCGAACAAAAUCCUGUUCGACGAGACGGACCGGGUCAAAGGCUUCCACAGCAAAAUGCUCCUCAGCGAUGUGCUGCACGAGAACGAGCAGCUCCUGGAGGUCAAGCGCCAAAUUGAGGUGCUUAAAAAAGCGCAGGAUCAGGCAUUCGUGGAGCAGCAACGACAAGCGCUGGAGGUAGCCGAGGCAGCGGAGCUCAAGAAGCUCGAGGAGGCUCGGCGACGUGCUAUGGCCCAGCGUGAGGCCCAACUGGCCCAACUAGAGGACCUGAAGACCAAGAUCUUGUCGGAGCGGGCGGAGGACAAGCGGGAAGGGGAGAUGCUGAAGAAGAAGGCCAUGGAGGAGGCGGACGAGAUGCGCGCCAAGGAGGCGGCGCGUUCGGCCAAGGCCCGGCAGCUCAACGAGGAGACCCGGGCGGCCAAUACGGCGCUGCAGGCCUUCAGGUUGAAGGAGGCCGAGCGAGCCAAGGAGCAGGAGCUGGCAAUUGAAGCGUACGCGAAAAAGAAGGCUGAAAUUGCGGAGGAGCGCGCCCGGAGAGAGGCAGAGAAAAGGGCGGCGAAGGAGGCGGAGAAGAAGCGGCUGGCGGAUAGUAUGGAGGACAACUAUCGGCAAUGGCACGCCAAGGAGGAGGCCCGUGUGGCUCGUGAUGUGGCAGAGGCAGACGCCAAGGCCGCCGCAGACGCGGAGGCACGGCGCAAGAAGGCCGCGGACCUCGCCGCCGCCAUCGACUCCUCCCGGCAGGCACAGCUGCGUGCCAAGGCGCAAGCCAAGGCGGCGGAGAGGGCGGAGGAGGCCGAGUACGUGGCGUCUUGGCGCAACCGCUCGGCGGCGCUGCAGCAGGAAGAGGACGAGGAGAAGUUGCGGCGGUUGGCGGUUGGCAAGCAACUGGCUGCGUUUCAGUUGCGCCAGGCGGCCAUCAAGGCGCGCAAGAUGGCGGAUGCGCGCAUUGCGGAGAUGCAGGAGGCUGCGCAGUUGGCACUUAGCGUGCAGGAGGAGGAGGAGAUCUUCUUGCGGUACGCUGCGGAGUGCAUUGAGGAGUACCGGCGGCAGGGCAAGCCCACGAAGCCAAUGGAGCUCCACUUGCGCAAGAAGACCACCAUUGAGACGAUGCAGUAG